UUUUAACGAAUCGUGCAAGUGCUUGGAUUGGUUGACGCCGACGUUGCCGUUGCCGCCGACGCAGCUGUCGAACAGUUAAAAAAUACUUGUUUUGUGUUGAUUUUACGUGCAUUCUGUUAAAACUUGAAAAAAUACAAACUCUUUUCAAAAUUGCUCAUCUGUGUGUUAACUCACUAUUGAGAGCUGAAGUUUCGCACAACAUUUGAGUGACAGCGAUAUCGCAGCGACGUAACAGUACAGUACAUACGUUAACAGCGAAUCAACAACCGUUCACACCGCUAACAUCAGCAAUGACACAAACCCAGCACACAACGCGCAGUUGCAGCAGCAGCAGCAGUAGCAAUGAUUUAAAGCAUGCGCAGCAGCGACGCCGCCGUCAAAUGUCAAGGCAAUUUAAUAUAGUGCUCCUAGUACUGCUGCUGCUGAACAGCUGGAUGGGAACAGUUGCAGGCGCUGCAACGGCGCAGUCGCGUUUCUUUUAUACGGCUGCAGAGACACAGCAACAAACACAGACAAGCGAUCCGGCUGCUGCCGAAGUCGCCGCAGAGGCAACCAGCUGCUGCCCGAGCGCAACCGAUGAGCCUGUAACGCUUACGUCGGAUUUGGGCAAUAUAACAGCUGGCUAUGAUGGAACAGACGGCUCCGCCGAGUCCAAGGAGAUCUUUAAGCGCAGUGUGAAACGUCGCGUAAAGGAUGCGGUGUCGGCAAGCUGCUCACCGCAGCCAACCAUUGUGGAACUGCUGCCGUUAGCGAGAGAGGCGGACGAGGAGACCUCUGUCAAUGUGCAUUAUCGGCCGCAGUGUACGCGAAUCAAUAGGUGCAAUGGAUGCUGUGGUGUCGCCCUCUCGUGCCAGCCGACGCAGACGGAGAUGGUGGAGAUGUGCGUAAAGAGAACGCACGUAGAGAUGCCCGGCAAGGUGACCUGUGUCAUUGUGACUGUGGAGAAGCAUUUGGCGUGCAAGUGCGAUUGCCGUAAAAAGCCCGGCGAUUGCAAUCCGUACCAGGAGUACCGCAAAGAUCUGUGCCGCUGCGAGUGCACCAAUACGGAUGCGCGCGACAAGUGCCUGCAGCAUUCGGAUCUCAAGUAUUGGGAUCCUGCCAACUGCACCUGCGCCUGUCAGCACAAUCAAAGCUGCACCACCGGCACUGACUUCGAUGAGGCGCUAUGCAAAUGCACUGAUCGAUCGGCAUCUGGCAGCAGCAGCAAUAUUGCGGAUCGGAGGCGCUUCAUCGUCCAGGCCGUGGCCUUGGAACCGGACAAUAGCACCCUGUACAGCGUUUAGGGAGCGGAUCAUUCAACUGGCGAACCUGUACUGAACGUUUACAUUAAAGCAUGCCUAUACAGAAGUGCUUUAUAUUAUUUAUAAAACAUAUAGCUUUAUUACAUAAUCUAGCUACACUCACAAAAAAUUCCUCAUUUUUCAGUAUUCCAUCUUGUUUUUUGCAAUUUUCAUCUGUUUACUAUUUAAGGGAUUUAUUGUGUAGCUUCUACACAGCUCGUCCUCGUCCAUUCCAUUUCAAAAUUUAUUUUAAAUGUUUUUUUUUUUAAUAUUUUUUUUUUUGAUUUGGCCCAUUAAAGUUUGACAAGUUUCUAUGAUCAUGCUUGUUAGUGUAGUUUAGGAUCUGAUUGAUGUGUGAACUAAUUUUAAGCUGCUUAUUAUCAACGUUAAUAUUAUUGAUAUGUAUAAUAAAUUUGUUUCUUUCGUUUUCGUUGCAUUCCUGAAGCGAGCAAAUAAAGUUGAAUUUAUGUACGCGAUUA